GAAGAGAGGAAAAAAGCACACAAUAUUUUAAGCCGUCAUUCGGUUCGCUGUGUGUGCAUGUUUCAGUGGCAUAGAUUCGUGAUUCCAUUCAAAUUAGAAAAAAAAAUCAGUUUCGACCAGUGAUAAGCACAAUCGGUACCGAUCAACAUUCGCGGGAGAAAGCCGUCAAUUCCGAAAAUGUUACACCGGUUCGGAAGAAAGUAUUGAACCGGGCUUGUGGAACUUAUCAAGUGCAGCAGUUUGGGCCAUCCAAGGUGGCGACGAUUCGGUAACUUUUUUAUUUGAACUGCUUUCUCACCAAUACCAGUGUACGAGCAAGGAGAAGAAAAAAAGAAGUACCUCUAUGUUUUGAACGGUACCGCUGCGCUGCUGCUGGUGUUGCCCUCAGGCAGCCGCCUGCUUGCACCUAGCAGCCACACACACGCACACUCAUAAAAACAGUCAUUCAAUGCAAUAUCGCUGCUGCUGCUAAUAUUUGCGAAUAGUCGGCUGCUGUUGCUGCUGGACACAGGUUUGAAUCAAUCGCGUGCAAGCGAGAGGGCAAUAUAGUGGAAAAAUAGAAACCUAUCGCCGUUUGCUCUGUGGCCAUUACCGUCAUUCGAGAUAAUCACUUCAGACGUAGGCAAACCAGCAAAUUCCAGCGAUUGCUGUGAUUUAUUAGUGGGUGAAAGCAAUAGCAAAUUCGUUAUCAGCAGAGUAGCUGCGCUGUUUUCUGAGAUGGCUUCCUCUGGUGGUGUGGACAUCCAGAUAGUCUCGAUGCCGAACCUGCAGAAAAUCGAAAGUUAUAUGCGAGAUUCAACCUACCGGGAAACGCUGGAAGUCAGUGCAUCCUUCAACACCCGACUAUGUCUGGAACGGCGGAUGCGGAUACCGUUUUUCGAUUCCCAAACCGGUGUGGCCCAGAAACACAGUAACCUGUACAUGGCCCACUGCAGACGAAUGCCCGGGCACCGGGAAGGACAGCUCUACACCUAUCCCGCAACUCGGUGGCGAAAAUCGAAACGGCAAUAUCUGACCAAACUGCAGAACCUGCGACCGUUCAGUAGUCUGAAAACAAGCGGAACGUCCAGCUUGCUUGCGGGAGCUUCUUUACCUCCAGUAGUUCGCGAACCAGGCGAACUACUGGCACCAGUGGAACCCGAUUUCAAUGCCUCCCUCUUGGAAGAAACCUCGCUCGGGGCGACGGUUGACACGGACAGCAAAGAUAGUCACCAGAAUCUACCGCCGACCGUCAAGGAAGAACCUCUGCCAAAGGAUUGGUACUACGACGAGAUGGCCCUGAACGAUGAUGACCUGGAUGAUCCGGAGGGAGGAGACUCGGAUUACGAUUACAACGUAAACGGUUACAAACGAAAGGGCAAACGAAGCAAGCGUAGUUCGCAUGGUGGCAAGAAGGGCCGCUCCAGUCAGGCACUGGCUCCGGUGACGGAUUACGAAGGAGCAGCCUCACCUGGUGGAUCGUCGAGAAAGGGGCGACCUCCGGGUGGUGGUUCCAGUGGAACCAAACGGGGUCGAAAGAAAACACCCAAGGAAACGGUUUCCUCGCUCGAGAAGCAGCUGGAGGAUAGCCUGAAUAAUAGUUUGGCGGAACCACCGUCCUUCGAGACGGCUGCCGCCGCUGUCGAUAUGGGUGAGAACGGGGAGAACGGUGCCGGGUAUGGGGGCAGUGCGGAUUUGCGAAACUACCGGAAGUACCUGUAAUGCGAGCUGUUCACUUCGGAGGGUACCUUUGAGGUUCUAAACCCAAACACGCAAAAUAGCGAUUGUUUUUAUACAGAUAUUUCCAGCACCGUUUCAGCGGCUGACCUCAUCAGAAUGAGGGGUCGGUGUAUUUAAUAAGCAACAACAAUAUCAUCAGAUCGAACACCGAAAUUAGUUCCGAUUUUAAUUAUUUAAACUAAUCUACUAUUGGAUAUUAUAUUCUGGUCAUCACAAUUUAUUUUUUUGCAUCGCGAAGAUACAACCAGAGAAAACCAAAAUUAUCUGAUUGUUUCUAGCGUUCCGUUCCACGAACGUUAGCUAAAUUAAGCCGUAGUGCAUGCGAAAUCGAACGGAUCUAUAGAUCACAUUAUUGUACAUAGUCGCUGAGAAUGGCAGCGUAAAACAUAUUUUCGUCAGAUUGUUAGUCUUCAAUUUUACACACUAAUUCGCGAACAAGCGCAAUAGAUCAUACUCUUCCCGAUAGGCACAAGGUCUAGAUUUCACAUGCUUCUUUUAUUAUGUUUUUUUUUCUUUUCCCGUAGAAUCAUAGAAGUAGGGAACAAACAUAAAUUUAUCGUGAAUACCAUUUAUUGCUAUCGUUAUUUAAUUGUCAGAACUAGGGAAAUGAAAAGAAAGAGUCAAUAUUAAAACAAUGAAUUUGUUUGAUAAUUUUUAACAGUAGUAGUCACAUUAAACAAAACAUCAAAGCCCCCCAACAUUUACUUGUUGCAAUAGUCCAUAGCUGAUUUUGAGUUUACGGUACUAAUAAACAAUAGCACACAGUUAGAAGAAUUAUGAAUCGUUUAACAUACCGGCCCUCGGUCGAUUGUGUGUAGUAGAAGCAAGUAAGCGUAGAUUGCCGGAAAUCGGUAGAAUUUGAUUACGUAACUGUACAUUGUUUCUUACACAAUAUAUUUACUUAUAUUCCAUUAUUGUACUGCUGAUCAAUCAGAAAGGAACAUCUCUCGGUUGACGCUUCGAUGCUGAACGAGGUGAAAGGAAUAUUUUUCAGUUGUAAAUGUAAAAUUCAAACAGAUCGAAAAGAAGAAAUCGCAUGUACAUGAAUAGAUAUUUAAAAUGGUAAGAAUAAAAA